GAAAAUGAAGAAGGAACUACCGUUGCCGAAACGUAGUGCAGAUCCUGGAUCAACAACUGUAAAAGACAAUUUUGAGCUAGAGACCAUGGCCGAGGUUCCCCCAAUGCACUUAUUGUAGUUUUCCUUGCUGGUGGUCACCAGCAACACUUCCACCUGCGCAGAAGUAGGUCUGCGGUAUUGUAAUAGUGCGAACUUCAAUUUGUGACGAGGAUCAAGAUCGUGGUUGCCGUGGUCGUAUCAAUCUGUUUUCCUCUCUUCUGACUUCUGAUGAGUGAACACGAGGACGAGCCGCGGUCGGGGCCUUCAGCUCCAGGACAGGACCACAGGCAGGAAAGGCAGGACCUCCUGGCGCCCAGCAGUGCCUCCGAGGACCCGGCAAGUAGUACAUCUGCGGCACCUGCUCCCGGUGAACGUCAGGAAAAUAACGCUGGUGCGGACAAUUCUUCACUCGGGGCUCCUGUAGCUGGUACCGGCACUGGAGAACAAUCUACGUCGGAGGUCACAUCUUUACAACGAGAUGAAAAUAAUGCCACAGCUUCACCUGCUGGUGACACAUCACCGCCCUUUCCUGUCCACGAAGCGCAACAAGCACUAGAGAAGACAGGAGAUCUACUGGCCAGAACAAAAGCAUCCCCAGCCCACCUCGCGGAGAAUUAUGCCGCAAUAAUGAAAUGGCACCUGAAACGGUCGGAAGAAAAUCUGCGAGGGGAAUUCAACGAAAAGUACGUGACGAAGGACGACUGGAUUAUUUUCCAAGACGAGCUGACUGUCAUCGGGGGCGAGGUCGAACGACAUAAGGGCGCGCUCGAGAAGCAGCUCGACUUGUUUCUGAGCUCCCGCAAAGCAUCGGAAAAACUGAGCAAGACAGUGCAAUGGCGUAUCCUCGAGAAAAUCCGUUUUGCGAUCGUUUUUGCGCAGUCGGCAAUACGAUCCUUGGUUGCAUGAGAUCAUGUAUAGACAAUAAUCCCUGUUGUACUGUAUUUGCAGGAGGCCAGGCUGUGCUGGAGUUUCAUAACCUUGAUUUUUUCCAGAAACGAAGUAGUCAACGUGCAUUCUCACCACGUUCGUGAAUUUCUUUGCCCGAAGAUUGUAGUUCUGCGAGAAAUUUUGAUAUUCUAAAGGCCGAAACAGAUUUUCUCGCCAGAUGCCUGCUCAAGCACUUUAAGGAGGUCAUCAAGAGGGUUCCUGACAGCAACGUCGGGCUGAUGGACCCGUACCAGCCCUCCAGCCCACCGCGCACUACGCCGUCUGCUAGCCCGGAGGACGACGGCGAAGAGGGGAAUGACACCACGAUAGCAAAUCCAGAACAGCUGCAACUGGAGGAACUUCGCGCGGGAGCGUCGGGAAGCAGUUUGCCGAUUUCCUCCCAGCUGGUCGAUCCCGUCGAAGGUCACGGAAAAAAUGGCAGCGACCGCACCGACGACCGCAAAGCAGAAAAGGAGUCGGACGAGGGUCGCUCGGGAAAUAACUCAAAGAAAUCAGCAUCGAACAUUGUAGCUUCUACACUAGCGCCACACGACGACCACCCAUCCGGGGCGGCCGCGCCAACAACGAAGUUUCUUCCAUUGCGCGACGCGGCCUUGGAAGGUGUUGACAGUGGAGUCCCCCCCGCGCCGGCAGAGCAGCAUGACCGUCGUCCGCCGGAUCGGCAAACGGGAUCCUCUACAACGGCGACUACAUCACCCGACGACUCGCUCCUGCCGGCGGGAAGCCCUUCAACUGGGGGGCGCACGUCGAAAAGCUCCGUCUCUAGCACCGGCAACUACCCGUCCCCCCGGGUACUAUCUGGGACGACCACCCAGGGGCCGAAUGGGCAAAGUGCCCACACCAGCGCCGAUAAGGAAGCUUUUUCCGACUUUGCGAACCCAAGUACAACUGGUGUGCGGACCACAACUUUUCCGGUCGAUCACCGAAAGGAUUUGGAGAACCUGGAGAAAGCGCGAGCGAGCAUGAAAGGCGGUCUGGUAGCAGCAGCCGGGACGAUCCCAGAAAAGGACAUGGGCGACGGCAAUGAAACAGGUGGCAGCACUGCAGAUGCUGAUCAUGCUUUCUACAACUUUGUUCGCAAGGAGGCUGCGCUGUUCUGCCGACCAGCCCUGUGCACACUCGUGUUGCUCUUGCUGUACCAUCUCUUCGUGGUCCGACCACCGUCUUCCUGCUCGGCCGAUUCGCCACUCCCCACGUCCGCUAGAGCAAAGUUCUUGACGAGCGCGGGGAAUUUCCCAAACGAAGUCCUCGAUCCGCUGGACGAGCAGAUGGUUUUGGACCUUCAGAUUUUGGAAGCCCUCGCGCCGUUGCUCAACCGUACAGCAGCGCUACAUGUGAUGAACGUGAACAAAAUGUCCACCAACGCGACCAGAAACGGAAUUGAGGGUCGUGACCAGAAGCUCGCAGAAGCUGUUCUACCUCUUCUGUCGCAAGAACGCCAGGAGCUCAUCAGCGGCUUCGUGCGUCAGUUUGAAUUUCUAGUCAACAUUUUGUGGAAGAAAAACAUCAUCGCACCAGCCGAAAUUGCAGAACUCGAAACCAUCGAAAAUUUUUCGGCCGAGUUGGACAAGCUGCGAAAACGAAAUCGGGCUGCGUUCCAAACGCGCUGCCGACUAGUUCCAUGACUUUUCAUUCAAUGUCGUCGUGUGCCAUCAUGUUGUAUGAUCCUCUCAUUUUUGAUAGUGAUAAGUAGAUUUGAAGUUCUUGAUCAAGUUUGUCAUGCGCUUGUUAGGGUGUGUGACAUUUUUUUGGAAAGUUCGGUGGCAAAAUGGAACACCAGCGUUUUUGUUUGGAUACUAUGCCGGCAAGGCGGCAAGAGCGUUCUUGCCACUGAAGAUCCUCUUGAGAAAGAAGGGCAUCAUAACGGAAGAGGAGGACGCGGCCGCAAACAACGCGCUUGAUAGCGGCUCUCGGGCUCCUUUCAAGGACGGGUGGCGGAAGCAGGACCAGAACGGUAGUUCGGGAGAUGUUCUUGCACGGGGUGGUGCAGCGUCAUCUUCCACGGAAAACGAAAACAGUAGCGGAACUUCUUCUACUGCUGCAACCUCAGCUACCGAUGAAAUCGCAACGAGAUCCGAAAAAAGUUUUGAAAGCGUUUUCGACCUUUGAAAGCCAAAACUUGGAACAAUGCGUACAACUAAUUUGAUGGUUUGAAGAUGAUUCAGAUCGUUCUUCUUAGCCAGGUCCUCUUAGUGACCGUGCUUGAGCAAGGCUCUGCCGCGAGGCUAGCGAAAACUCUAGAAUAAAUUUUGCGAAAAAUUAUAUAUCCAGUAUUCGUUCUUUUCAAGCCAAUCGCCUUGCUGAAAACAAACGUUCUCCGUCUUGCACAUAAAUGUUGCGUGAUGCUCGUAUUGUAAUUGCUUUAUCGCGAGCUUUUCAACAACGCCCCUGAGGAAGGCUACGGGAUGC